UUUGCAGCUGUCAAUAUUUAUGGGCCUUACUGGAAGUAGUAUACAAACUUCUGGUUUUGAGGUCAAGACUGCUGCGAAAUAUAGUAAGGAUGAGCAAGAGCAACUUAACCAGGAGCCACCGAAUCCAUAUCCAACUGAGGAACUGGUUGAAAGACCAGAUAUGGACAUGCAUAUGCAAAAGGAAGGAUCGCUCCCACCAAAAAAGAGUGCAAAAAUACAUGACUUUUGUUUGGGCAUCCCUUAUGGUGGUUUUGUAUUUGGCGUUGGCCUUCUUGGAUUUCUAUUCUCAAGAAAUUCUGCCAGUGUAACUACAGGCAUGCUGUUUGGGGGUGCUAUACUCGCCCUCGGCACAUUUAGCCUCAAAGUCUGGAGGAAAGGACAAUCCAGCUCUCCAUUCAUACUGGGGCAAGCAG